AUGCAAGAUAUUUUCGAGAUGACUGAUUUAGGCUUGAUUACCUACUUCCUUAGUAUAGAAGUGAAUCAAAAUAAGCAUGGUAUUUUUAUAAGCCAGCAAGCUUUUGCAUUGAAGGUUCUAAGCAAAUUUUGCAUGGAAAACUGCAAACCUGCUAGCACUCCUGUGGCACUAGGAGAAAAACUCUCCAACAAUAGUGAUCAUGAUCGUGUGGAAGAGAAGAGCUAUAGAAGUCUGGUUGGUUGGCUACUCUACUUGAUAGUAACAAGGCAGACAUCAUCUCAUUUCAAGGCUGCUAAAAAAGCCUUAAGGUAUGUCAAAUGGGCCCUAAGCUAUGGUGUGAAGUUUGAGAAAGCUGAAGAAUUGAAGCUGGUUAGCUAUUCAGACAGUGAUUGGGUUGGUUUAGUUGAUGACAUGAAGAGCACAUCGGGCUACUUCUUCACUUAG